GAAAAUAUGGUCAUCAAAAAAUUACUCUGACACUACUGCUUUUAUGAUAGCUGCACUGUUUCUUUUUUCUCCUCUCUCUUCAUCUUCAAGACCAUCUCAUUGAUCUGUGCAGUAACAGUGCAUCACCUCCAACUAGCGAGCCCCUCUUGCUAAUCCAUUUCGCAUUUCUCAACGAUUGUUUGAAACAAAACGAAAAGCUAUGGAAGUUAAACGCUGUUCAAGUAGCAAAAGUCAUGAUAGGGAUCAUGGUGGGGAAAGAGUUGCAGCUGAGCAUUUGGAACGGGUACCCAAGCUUGGAGAAGUAAUUUGGGUCAAGCUUUCUGGUGGUUCAUGGUGGCCUGCUGUGGUUGUUAAGAGCAAUGUCAAUGGAAGCAAUAAAGCUGAUGAUGGAUUAAUGGGGGAUGUUCGUGUUAGGCUCUAUGGAAGCUAUGAAUACAUGUACGUGGAUCCCAUUAAAUGGUGUUCUGAGUUUCGGGUUACACUUGAGCAGAACAAUGGUUGUUAUGAAGAUAUAUUCAGGAAAGCUCUGGAGCAGGUUCUUUCUUCAUCAAAAUGUGGUCGAGUAAAGGGGAAAGUAGCCAAAUCCAAAGGUACCAGUAAACAAGUGAAAGAAACUGAAAAGCAUGACAGGGGUCAGAAGAGACUAAAGCAAAAUAAGCAAGCUGCAACAGCGGCAAAAUGUAAAAGCCCUAAGCAAAAUGAGGUACUAAAGAACCACAAGUUUAACAUUUCGACCUCCUCUGAUGCUACUUUGUCUGGAACAUCUCAAGAACUGAGUGCACGGAGGACCAAAGUCAUGCAAACUCUUGGUCUAAUUGCUCCUUCUGGAUCUCCAUUCCACAAAAUGAGUGCAUUUAUAUGAGUUUUUAAUGUGUUACGAAUUGAAAGAAAUUUUCCAUUUUGACUGAUGUGGCAUCAAUGUGCAAGGUCACUUGUAUUUCACCUUGCAUUUUUGUCUAGUCCAAGAUCUUGGUGCUGGCACAGGGAGUGGUGCUAGAAGGGAAUGACAACAAAUUUAUAGCGGCCUGAUGCCUUGCCUAUUUUAUGAUGCCAGAUACAGGUUUAGUCAAUUGAGUUGCAUAAUUUUAUAGGGUAUUGAUAAAUUUCGAAUUAGAUAUCUAGCAUGCCCUCUGGAUAAUUUCAUAAAGAUGUUUCAACUGAGGGGUCUGAACUUCAAGGUUUACCGCUAGAUUAAGUCUCCUGUUAUCUGGCAUUCGGGUAUUUAUCAAAAUGUACUGGCAAACCUAUCUUGUUCAAUAUUUUUCCUUUGCCCCCUUCUUUGUUUGAGCUUAUCUCAAUAA